UUCAUACUUCUCACACAAGUUUGUUUUAGGUGUAGCUAGGAAUCAAAAUAUUAGUAUUAAAUUAGAUGAUAAUAUAUAAUCCCAGCUUUAUGCAGUUAUAUGUAUUAGUCGAUUUUUGUCUCUGCUAUGCUGUCUGUGUUAGUCUGUAAUUGGGCAUCAUUCAAUUAUAGUAUUAGAUAGCUCAAAUCAAUGUGUUUGCAUGAACAAGUGCUACAAACAAAAUAUGUUUGCAUAUGUCAAAAUCGGACCAUUUAUUGAGUAGUAAAUCAAAAUUCACAAAAAAAGGAUGCCAAACAUUAAAUACAAGGAUACAGUAUCAAUAGAACAAACACAGGUCCAUUGUGAAACGAUCUUUUGCUCAUGUCCACAACACUUUGAAAAUUUUCACUACCUUUUAAACCUCAUCUCUCUCUCUCUCUGCUAUAAAACUAUCACCUCAUUUCCUCUGUUUUGCCCAGCCUAAGUCUUAAACUACUCCUCACUUCAUCCCUCCUCCUCCUCCUCCUCCUCUACCUCCUCCGCCACCAUCGGAGUUAUCCAAAAAUGAGUGGCUUUAGCUUCAAAAACUUGCCAUUCCUGCUCUUGAUUGUGCUUCUUAUGUGGUGCUCCCACAUGGAAAUUUGCAAUGCAAGAAGAGUAGCCUCGCAUUGGAGGAAAAAUCGAGGCGUCGCGUCUUCUCUUUCGAAGAAGAAAGGGAAAUCUCAUGGCUCUAGUCACCAUAACAGCAAGUCAAAACAGAAAGCUCCAUCUCCAAAGGCAGCAGCACCACCGCCGUCGCCGCCAGCCGCCGCUCCUAUUGAAACUCCGCCACCCGACCAAGGUGCAGAGAAUGCACCUGAUUCAACUGUGUUUAAUGUGUUGGAUUUUGGAGCCAAAGGUGAUGGAAGCACCGAUGACACUAAGGCAUUCGAAGCUGCAUGGGCUGCUGCGUGCAAGGUUGAAGCCUCCGUCGUUAAUGUCCCAGCAGAUUACGUGUUUCACGUGGGUCCCAUUUCAUUUUCCGGUCCAUACUGUCAACACAACAUUGUUUUCCAGUUAGAUGGAACGAUUAUUGCUCCGACGAGCUCGGGUCCAUGGGGGUCAGGCCUGCUGCAGUGGCUGCAGUUCACCAAAUUGGUGGGGCUGACGAUCAAGGGAAGCGGCACCAUCGAUGGAAACGGCGCCGUCUGGUGGCAGAGCGCCCCCUACGACGACGAUCCCCUCGAUGACCAAUCAAAAUACAUCGUCCCCGUCAACGCCACACCACUGCAAAACCCUCCCUUCCCUGUAACUAGCUCACUUGGAAAAAUGCCAGGCAUUAAACCAACUGCGCUUAGAUUCUACGGAAGUUUCAAUGUAACGGUGAGCGGCAUCACAAUCAAAAACAGCCCACAGUGCCAUCUCAAGUUCGACAAUUGCAUCGGAGUGUCGGUCUACAAUUUCACGGUGUCGUCGCCCGGCGACAGCCCCAACACCGACGGAAUCCAUCUCCAGAACUCCAAGGAUGUGCUCAUUCGCAGCUCUAAUCUCGCUUGUGGGGACGAUUGCGUGUCCAUACAAACAGGCUGCACAAACGUGUAUAUACACAACGUGAACUGCGGGCCGGGCCACGGCAUCAGCAUCGGCGGCCUCGGCAAGGACAACACCAAGGCCUGCGUCUCCAACAUCACCGUCCGCGACAUCAUUAUGCACAACACCAUGAACGGCGUCCGAAUCAAGACGUGGCAGGGGGGGUCGGGAUCGGUGCGGAACGUGCAGUUCUCCAACAUCCAGGUGUCGGAGGUGCAGGUGCCGAUCGUGAUCGACCAAUACUACUGCGACAAGAGAAGUUGCAGGAACCAGACGGAGGCGGUGGCGCUGACGGGGAUCAACUACGCCAACAUACGGGGAACGUACACGGUGAAGCCGGUGCAUUUCUCGUGCAGCGACAACAUGCCGUGCACGGACGUGACGUUGAUGAACAUACAGUUGAAGCCGCAGCAGGAAGGCUACCAUAUGUAUGAUCCCUUUUGCUGGCAGACCUUCGGCCAGCUCUACACGCCCACCAUCCCACCCCUUGAUUGCUUGCAGCUCGGCAAGCCGGCCAACAACCAGAUUCAGGGAGACGACGACGUUUGCUGACCGCCCAAACAAAAUACACUUUUUAUUUUAUUGCUGCAUUCAUUCAGUUGGUGCUUACGUUGGAGUGGUCGGCGAGGAUUUUUGGCUGGCCCCUGAAUUCGCACCAAGUAGAUGUUAGUCAAUAUAUAUAUUUAUAUAUGUUAGUAGGGUUAGAUUACACGAUUUGUUGGUUGUUACAUUUUCAUGAGCUUUGUGUGCUAUGGAGAAUGUGUAAAGUGGAUUUUAUUUUUAG